AUGCGUUAUUUGCAGAUUGCGCACUACUUGGACUAUGCAGAAGGAUUGGCUGACCAGUUGGUGUGCAGUUUUCCGAAUGCAGUUGAAGAUCUGUUCGAAAUUGUGGCAACCAGUGAAACCGCAGUACCGGAUGUGAAUCUUAUUUCACUGGAAAAGUAA